AUGACGUUUCGCGGUGUGACGCGGAGGAGGCACUAUGAUGAGGCCAGCGGCCAGAUGUUCACGGAGACCACUGUGCCUGUACGCUCGCUGCUCCCCGGGUCUGGCGCUUUGGGUCCGGCCUGGACCCAUGAGUCGCCUUUCUUGAUAUGGCCCCAGGCCGCGUUCCCCAGCCAGGGCGUUAAUUCUCUGAAGACGAUAGCUGCAAAGCAGGUCCUGGCUGACCAGCGGCAGCUGACGGUUGAGCAUUUCGCCCAGGUCCCUUGGUCGUUUGCAAAAUAUUUGGUCAAAUGCUUGGACGAUAGUGAAUCCAUGACUCUCCAUAUGUGGAAGAUAUUUGCUGCUGUCUAUCCGCAGGAGUGGAAACAGGAACGAAGAGUCUAUAGAUUUUGGCCAAGGUCUAAGAAGAUGUCGAUGCAUGAGUAUUUCCGCCUAAUAACCUCCGAAUCCCUGGCCUGGCAGACGUCAGUUUCUGUCUCCACCGAGUUCACAAGCCUUGGUGACCUGGUCGACAUAGCGACUGUCUCCAAUCUCGUGUUUCUGGAAGUAGCCUUUCCUCGACCGAAACGACACAGGACGUAUGAUGACGGUCCUUUCGUCACCGUCACCGAUCGCUUGAUACGACGCUGGAGUGAAGCGGCGCACGCUGGCAAGGCGUUCAAGCACCUCCACAGCUUGAUUCUGGACAGCCAAAGCGAGCUGACAACUAACAUCUUUCCUUACUUGGAUAGCUUUCCUUCCCUAUCCACAUUGACUCUGAAAGGAUGCCCGAAUUUCGAUGGUCAAACCUCUCUCAAAAUAGGAACACAACACGGUUGGUGCUCUACCAUCAUCCAGCCUUAUCGACUCUCCCUCGAUAAAAAUAUCGGUAACCUGCUGCAAGAUCCCCAACCCAGGCCCGCACAAGACCUAGUCCCGACUCUGUAUUUUCGCCUGGCACGCGAAGGCACGUUUGAUCCUACCUACACAGAGAUCUACCACUUCCGUAGAGAUCGGACCAUCCCCAAUGACAAUGCAAGUGCCAGUAUAGAAACGGCUAGCUCUGAAGAAAAGAAGCCGAUUCGAUCAUUGAACACCAAACGAUCCCGAAAAAAAGACAUAUCUGGACUACUCACCGAAUUUAUGGAGCCUGGUUACAGUUGA